AUGAAUGACGUAGACGCUGAUGUAUUGUCAUGUUUAGCUAUUCGAGUGGAGAGCUGCAUGAUCGCCCUGGAACAAAUGAGUUACACGGCUGAUCUUAAUUCGCUUAGCAUGUUGGAACAAAUAUUUAAAGAAUUGCCGUAUUCCCUGCAACAUAAGUGGGCGGAGACCAUGGAUCGGAUUGCUCAAAACGACAGGGAGCCAAAUUUUAGCGAACUGACAGAAUUCAUAUCUGCAAUGGCUAGAGUAGCAAGNAUGAAUGGCGUGGACGCUGAUGUACUGUCAUGUUUAGCUAUUCGAAUGGAGAGGUGCAUGAUUGCCCUGGAACAAAUGGAUUACACGGCUGAUCUUAAUUCGUUGGAACAAAUAGUUAAAGAGUUACCGUAUUCCCUGCAACAGAAGUGA